AUGUCGCAUAAACCUUCCAAUUACCCCGGUAUUCAGCUGACGCCGAUCGAACAAAACGGUAUUAGACAGUACAAACGUAUCGCCGUUGUUCUUCCCCUACUACUAACGGAAAAUGGCUCUUCUAGGGAGACUCAGACGGUUGGGGAGGAGAUUCUGAAGGCGUUUGAAGAAGCCGUGGGGGCGUGGCCAUUGCUUUGUUGCAGUGUUGGAGUAUCCGAAGAUGGGAAGCUGAUACUGCUGGGCACGCCAGCUGAGUAUGACGAUGCGCAAUCUCAGCUGCGUGAUGCCCAUGAUCCUCCCAGCACCGAGUCUGGAAUCAACAGAUUGGUUUCACAGCUAUACUCAAAAUCCUUGGGCGCUGCUUUCUUUCGCUCAGAGAGAGGAUUGGAUCUCGCCACAGGGAUGCCGCCCGUGAUGAUCAGGCUUUCUUUUCUGGGCGGCUACGCUGUGGUGGGAUUUUCUUUCUACGAAGCCGUCGUUGACGGAGAGUUUAUUGGUCGUUUCUUUUCCCGGAUGGCUGACUUUACGUGGCCUCACAUGGCCAACGAAGUCCAGCAUUGGUACCGGAGGCCGCUUGAAGCGUUUCCAUCAGCCGCCCUCAACCCAUAUCUGUUUCCUUUUUACGACUGGAGCAACAGUCCGCUGCCCCAAACCACGCCAAAGGACAGGCUGGUUUGUCGGCUUAUUGAAUUCAAAAGCUCCCCCGUGACGGAGCUGAUUGGACGUCUUCGACAAGCGAUAGGCAACUUUGCUCCAUGGCACAAGGACGGAUACUACGUCGUUGCCAUGCUGUGGGCUACAAUUAUACAUGCGCGGUUCUCGAAACACAGAAUCGGGGUUGACAGCACUGCGAGGCUCAACAUCCUGCUUCCAGGAGAGCCGAACGCACGACGAUGGGAGGCGCCUGACUGGAGUUACUUUGGCAGCUCAACGGUGCCGACUGUGGCCGAGCUCAGCGUUCCGCGUCUGCUCUACGCCGAAGCAUACUCUGGCGACGGCAACUAUUCCAAUGAUUUCCAGGGUGAGAUCAACUCUACCUACAGCGUCAGAGGGCUCGCCGAGGCGGCCAGCGCAAUUCAAUGCGCAAUCGACAGGGUGGACGGCAACUACGUGCGGUAUCUCAUGGGCCUCAAGAACAGCCUGCAGCCCAGCACCGACCGGACGGCAUACAGCCGGGGCAUCGACCGGCACACGACCGGCAUGGUGUUCGAGGACUGGAGCGGCUACUUUAGCGACUUGGCGAUCGGAACUCCAUACACGACAGGCCAGGUGAUGGGAGUUUUGCCAUGCGCGGACGACAAGGAGGAGGGCAAGAUUGUGUUGCUGCCGCAGAUGCGAGGCUCGGACGACACGGAAAACGAGAUUGGCUGGGCGACGUGGGUUUGCCUAGACGUUGAGGAGAUGCCUGUUGUGCUGAGGGAGUUGUAUUCGCAGGGCUGGAUUAUAGGGGAGGCUGCUGCGAGUGUGAAUACGACGGGAAGCUCGUAA